UAACUCGGGCACUGGGCACCGCCGCUGCCCGCUCCUUCCCUUCUGCAGAUGCCUGUUGCAGACCUCGCUCGCCCCGCGCCGAGCUCCGAGCGUUACUUUCCCUCCAGGGACGUGUCCCCCCCCCUCUCCAUCAACUCUUGGUUGGAAUGGUUUCCACCUCUUGCCAGCAGCAGCCAGAGAGGGUGUCCAUCCCCCUUCGCCGGAGUUUCCUCUUGGCAAACUCCGGCUUGUUGUCAGGGUGGAGGGGAGGCAGUGAGAGGAGUCUCCCGGGCCAGGAAAGUCGAAAACCGUGGAGGCAGGCAGAGGAGCCAGGCGUGGUCAGGGGUGUCCCCCCCGGGCCGUGCCCAGGGAGGGCGCGAUGCAGGCGGAAGGCCGGGAGAGGGAAAGCCAUGUUUCCCUACGCCAGCCCUGCUGCGCCGCGGACCCUCUCUGGAGAAUACAGAGGGCAAAGAUGGAACCAAACUAACUAACCAGGAGCCCACAAGACGGUCAGCCCGAUUGUCAGCGAAACCUGUGCCACCAAAACCCGAGCCUAAACCAAGAAAAACAUCUGCUAAGAAAGAACCUGGAACAAAGAUUAGCAGAGGGGCUAAGGGGAAGAAGGAAGAGAAGCAGGAAGCUGGAAAGGAAGGUACUGCACCAUCUGCAAAUGGUGACACUAAGGCGGAAGAGAUCCACAUCUCUCGUUCAACUGUUUAUGUCUCAGCCUGCAGGAGCCCCCCACCCAGCACGCUGUCAGUAAAGGGGCAGAUUGAAACAGUGAGAGUUAAGGAGUUGAAGUGUGUCUCGAAGUAGACCUGGAAGGAAAACAAGAGGCCAAAUGCUCAAAAGCACAGAGAACUGAAUCUAUAGAUAAGGAGGGAGAAUGACUUCUCAUGGAAAACUGGGGUUGAUUUCACGUACCUCUUGGGACAACUUUUAAAAGCUAUUUUUACCAAGUAUUUUGUAAAUGCUAAUUUUUUAGGACUCCAUUAGUUGGCAUAAAAUAUAUAUGAAGAUGGACAUUUUAUCCUCUUAUGGUGAUGUUUUUUGGAAAUUUCCAUCAUCCUCAAGUAAAAUAAAUAGCAAUUUAAUAUCAGAAGCUGCGUGUAAAAUGGAUUCAGCAUUUUAUGCCUUUGCUUUAAAAUUUUAGUCCUGUGCAUACUGUGGUGUUUUUACUGUGCAUAUUUGAAUUUUUCAUGCAAUUUUUCUAGAGCAAUAAUCAGUGGUGCUUUUGUGCCUAAGUUUUAUGUGAUUUUAAUGAAAUAUGGAUAGUUGUAGCCACCUGCUGACUAUUUGUGGUUUAAAAUAAAGACGUUUUCUUGUCUGCAAAAUA